AUGGGCGAGGCGGGCGGCGCGGGCGCGCUGCGCUCCGCCACGUCGCGCGAGCUCUCGCGGGUGAUGUUCAACAACCGCAGCCCGCGCUCCGUGCUGCCCGUCUGGCUCGACUUCGAGGGCCGCCCGCGCUACUACCCGGUGCUGCAGCCGCGCACGGGCCGCGUCAUGCACAGCUACCGCGGUCACCUGUGGCUGUUCCGCGACGCGGGCACCAACGACGGGCUGCUCGUGAACCAGCAGGAGCUCUUCGUGGCCGCCCCCGACGUGAGCAAGGCCGACAUCACGCUGCCAGUGUUCACCCUGAAGGAGAGAUGCCUCCAGGUUGUUCGCAGCCUGGUCAAACCGGUGGACUACAGGAAGCUGGACAUCGUCCGAUCCCUCUAUGAAGAGCUGGAAGAUCAUCCUGACAUCAAGAAGGAUCUUCUGCGGCUUUCCCUGGAGAGAAGCGAAACGCUAAAGAACGGAGCCUCAGAAUAAAACUAAUGCUAUUCCUUCCAGGCUCUCUAAAUGGCAAAGCGCUGAGUUUCAGCAGGGGUAGCACCCUGAAACAGGCCAGGAGCCGAGGUCUGUGUUUCGUGUUCUGAGAGCCGCUCGCUCGGGCGAGGAGCGCAGAACUGCUCCUGAUGGCGGGUCAGGCUCAGCAGCCCGCGCUCUGUGUAAACCUCCAGGCUUCUCGGGGGCCAGUUCUGCUCUGGGUUGUGCGUAUCGAGCCCUGUGGCUCUGGGGGCCUCGCGUGCAUGUUGCUCAGAGAAGAAUUUUACCUUGCUCUGUUUCAGAACACGCCACGUUGGUUUAAGAUAGGGUCACCUGUAGAGAGAAUAUGCAAAGAGAUCAACUUUCGCUGUUUUAGAAAGUAAAUUAGACCAAGGAUUAUUUCAGUCUAGACACUAACAAUAUGAAGGGACAGGAUAACAGCAGUUUUGGUUAAAUGAUUUUGGUAGAAUUCCUCUUUAUCCCACUUAGGCGAACUUUGCCUGUGAUUCAGAAAGUGCAGUGGGUGCAUGUGGGAGCUUGCAUAACCUUCCGAGAGCCUGACCCAAAACUUAAUGUCUUUGGGAAGAUGAAAAAGCUUGGGGUUUUCACAGCCUUUGCAUAUAUAAACCGUGUCCUAGUAACACUUUGAGGUUGAGGGACCAUGCUUUUAAUGCCUUCUUUGUCCUUUGUCACCAGAUUGCGCUCUGGUUUAUCUCAGGUGAUGGAGCCCCGUGGGGGCUCGUCUCCUCUGCACUCCCCUGGCCUCCCGUGGAGCUGCGUGAGCAGCAAGCACUACAGGUAGAUGCCCUGAGACCUGUCUCUUGCCCGCCCCAGGGCAGCGUCUGGCAUUUGGGUCCGAACGGGAGCCUUUUCCUGGGAGCACGAGCCACUUAGGCUGCCGGUGUCCUCUAAGGGACAGGCAGGAGCCUCUGUCGGCUCCUCCGAGCCUGUCGCCAGAUCCAGCCCCCACAUCCAGCUACACUUUAUUUCAGGCAGGUCAGAUGAGCACAGAAAAACUCUUCUGAGACUAUCCCAUUCCCGUUGUUCCUAAUGAGCACGUGUACUUGUGUGCAUGUACAUACAUGUGCAAUUCAAAGCAGUGUUGUUUUUAGUGGACGUAUGGAUUGUGUACCAUGUGUACACAUAAGAGAUAUAAUGCUGUGCCAUGUUAAAAGCAGAUCGAUGCAAGAUUAUGGCAGGUUAUUUGUGGGAUAUGUUUCUUUCCAAUUACAUGUAGACAUUCUGAGAACACAGCUGUGAAACUCAGUGACUGACAAUAUCAACCCAUUUUGUGACUUGUAUGACUUGUCUCCACUUCUUGUACAUUUCUUUUUCUUAACAUAAAGUGUGUGAACUGAUCUUUUUUAUUGUCAUAA